CAAACACCCUAUAUGAAUAUCCACAAAAGAAGCGUCAACCAAUCUCCACACCACACUCCUCUCUCUCCUAUCCCACUUCCAUGGCCGCAACACCCUUCUCUCUCUCUUCCUCCGUCGACCUCCACCGCCUUCUCCGCCACCAACCACCCUUUCCCAAAACCCACUUCAUAAACUCCAACUUCUUCCCCAAAUCCACACCUCGUUUCAAUCUCACCCUCACUUGCUCCUCCCCCUCGUCCUCUUCCUCCUCAUCUUCUUCAACUCUCCAAGAAAACCCACUUCCCUCAGGCAAAUUCCUCUCAUACCCAGAUCUCCAAAAGCUCCAAUUCCUCCAAAGUUUCAAACUUUUCCACAAAUUACCAUCUGGGUCAAUGCUGUUAAUCCGUGUGAUGCAAGAGCAAGAAAUGGACAUGACAGUUGAGUUACUGGCUGAAUCUUUUGCAGAGUCUAUGAUGCUGCCUAAAGCUUAUGUCAAGCUCUUGGCUUUUCUGGUCAAACAGUACUUGAUUGAGAGGAGAACUCUUAUGCCUCAUGCUGCCACUUUGAUUGCCUUUCAUAGAAGAGAAGAUACUGAUGAUCAAGGGGAAGAUAUUCAAUUAGCAGGGACUGUGGAAGUAAGUUUUAAUAAGUUGGGGGCUAAUGGUUCACCUCCUACUCCCACCCCUCCAAAGGAUGCACCUUAUAUUUGUAAUAUGACAGUUAACAAGUCCCUAAGAAGGCAGGGCAUUGGUUGGCAACUUUUGAAGGCAAGUGAAGAACUUAUUUCUCAAAUGACUUCAGUUAGAGAGGUUUACUUGCACUGUCGAAUGAUUGAUUCAGCUCCAUUUAACAUGUAUUCAAAAGCAGGAUACUCUGUCUUCAAGACUGAUAGCAUCUUGAUCCUUUUAACAUUACAAAGACGUAAACAUUUAAUGUGUAAACAACUUCCUCCGGCAACAAAUAUCAUUUCAGAGACAAAUUCAUCGUACGACGAUGACAAGACAAAUUCAUUGUACGAUGAUGACAAAAAUCUUGCACCAACUGAUGCCUAAAAGUGUUGCUGAAGAGAUUCUUGAAGUUCUGUUCAUUCUGGUUUGAAGUCAUCUAUCAGAGUUGACUUUUAUUAAAAGUCAAUGCUCGAUCAUAUGAUGGCACUUCCAACCAUGAACCAUCCUUGGGUCAUAGGCAUGAGGUAUGAUGUCUAAAGCGCUAGUGUAUCAUAGUUUUUUUAGUUUUGUUUCUGAAUGUAUAUUUGUUACACAGAAGAAAAUACGCCUACAAUGCAUACUAACAUAUGAAAAGUACAUGAUGUUUCUUAAAAAAGGAAAAAAUAUCAAAUAUUGUCGUUCUUUUCUCUUUGAA